AUUCAGCAACACGCUCUGCAUUUUACUCACCUCGUUUUCGCCGUCUUCUUCUCUUAUUGAACUCUCGCUACUCUCUUUCUCGACGAUCAACUCCAUCUCUCUUUCAAUGGCAGCCGCUGCCGGUUCAUCAAUCUCCAUGCAGUCUCGUCCUAGACUGGCUGCAACCAGAAUCUCUAGCCUCAAAUCUUUUUCGUUUCCAAGCCAGAGAAGUUUCCUGUCUUUCAGAGUGCAGCCAGUUCCAGCAUCUCGCCUUCGGAUUUCUUGUGCUGCCAAACCAGAAACAGUAGAAAAGGUGUGUCAAAUAGUGAAGAAGCAGCUGGCAUUAGCCCCAGAAGCUGUUGUUACCGGCGAGUCAAAAUUUACAACACUAGGAGCAGAUUCUCUUGAUACAGUUGAGAUUGUGAUGGGACUGGAGGAGGAAUUCGAUAUCAGUGUGGAAGAGGAGAGUGCCCAGAGCAUCACAACCGUUCAGGAAGCUGCUGAUCUUAUUGAAAAACUUGUUGAGAAGAAGGACGCUUAGAAGAUCAGUCUAGGAAAUCCUUCAAUUCCUUUCCCCCUGGCGCCCCCCCCCCCCCCUCAACAUAAUUGCAGUUAUGCUUUGUGUUAGCCCGCCAUAUGAUUGUGCCAGGCAAUCUUGUUGUGAACUAUGUUUUUGUUGAUUUCAUCUAGAAAAACACUCUAAAAUUUCCUAAUUUAUGCAAUUAUGACGUGUAUUUUCUUUUUCUCUGU